AUGGCGGGCCUACUAUAUCUUCAAAUGCCGCACUUUGCGUUGACGCGUAAUUGCAGUGCGCUGUGGAGUGAGCAUGCAAUAAUUAGUUCCACCAUCGCAGAUUACGUGAUUGAAGCAGGGAAUGGAAGUGAGGAUGAGACCAACCGUGAAGUUUAUAUUGUGUAUAUGGGAGCCGCUAAAGAUUCUCUUCGGGAUGAUCAUGCUUAUGUUCUGAAUUCAGUGCUAACGAGGAAUGAGAAGGCUCUGGUUCGGAAUUACAAGUAUGGUUUCUCAGGGUUUGCAGCUCGUUUAACAAAAGAGGAGGCAAACUCACUUGUGCACGAACCUGGUGUGGUCUCAGUCUUUCCUGAUCCAAUUCUGAAGCUCCAUACAACCCGUUCUUGGGAUUUUCUAAAGGCCCAAAGCACACCACUUAAAAGUCACAGCCCAAACAGGGCCUCCAACACUGCUCCCUCAUCAGACAUCGUCAUUGGCAUUUUGGACUCAGGGAUAUGGCCAGAGUCACCAAGCUUUAGCGACAAGGGAAUGGGUCCUGUUCCAUCACGUUGGAAAGGGACUUGUAUGAAAUCCUUCGACUUCAAUUCAUCUAACUGUAACAGGAAGAUAAUUGGAGCAAGGUAUUACCAUGACCCUGAAGGAGAUACAGUGUAUGCGACACCAAGGGAUAAAGAUGGCCACGGAACCCACGUGGCAUCCACAGCGGCGGGAGUCACCGUGCCAGGUGUCUCAUACUAUGGCUUGGCGGCGGGGAAUGCCCAGAGUGGGUCCCCGGAAUCGCGAUUGGCGAUUUACAAAGUGUGCUUCAAAUACGAUUGCCCUGGCUCGGCGGUUCUUGCGGCAUUUGAUGAUGCCAUUGCUGAUGGAGUCGAUGUGAUUUCGCUGUCGGUUGGUUCCUUCGCAGUGUUCCGAUCCGAGUUGAAAUCCGACCCAAUCGCCAUCGGAGCAUUCCACGCCGUCGAGCGCGGCAUUCUGGUGGUUGCCUCCGCCGGAAACAAUGGACCAAGCUUAAACACGGUUGUGAACGACGCACCUUGGAUUUUUAGCGUUGUAGCCUCUUCCAUAGACAGGGAUUUUAAGUCCAACCUUGUCUUGGGUGAUAACAAAGUCAUCAAGGGUGAAGCUCUAAAUUUCUCUCCCCUUUCAAAUUCACCCAAAUAUCCACUUAUAUACGGUGAGUCUGCCAAAGCAAAGGACGCCAGGUUAGCUGACGCAAGACAAUGUUUCCCAGGUUCAUUCUCUAAACGUCUAGUAAAAGGGAAGAUUGUCAUAUGUGACGGUAAAGAUCAUUCAUAUGCAACUAGUAUAAAAGUUGGAGCUGUGCAAGAGGUAAGUGGAGUAGGUGUGAUUCAUAUUACUGACCCAAUAGGAGGAACAGAAAGAGAAGAUUUUGGAGACUUCGCAGUAACUGAGAUAAGUUCAAAAGAUGCCGACAUAAUCUUUCAAUAUGUCAAUUCAACUAGCAAGCCAGUGGUAACCAUUCUACCAACAGUUUCAACCAUUGAUUUUAAGCCUUCACCCAUAAUGCCAUCCUUUUCAGCAAAAGGGCCUUCUGCACUUUCGAAGAAUAUUCUCAAACCUGAUAUUGCAGCACCGGGAGUUAACAUUCUUGCAGCGUGGACGGGAAAUUACACAGAAGGCGUUCCGAAACAUAAACAGCCCUCCCAAUUCAAUAUCCUCUCGGGCACUUCUAUGGCAUGUCCUCAUGUUUCAGGACUUGCAGCUACCAUCAAGUCUCAAAACCCCACUUGGACUGCCUCUGCAAUCAAAUCAGCAAUAAUGACCACUGAUAUGAAAUCUACUAUUUCAUCAUCUCCUAUAUUUUUCAAUGUAGCAACUCAAAAGAACAAUUUGAAGGCUCCCAUAACAACGGAGACAGGAUCAAUAGCCACACCAUAUGACUAUGGAGCUGGGCAAAUGACAUUAUAUGGACCAUUCCACCCAGGACUAGUUUAUGAAAGCAGCACAAUUGACUAUUUGAACUACUUAUGUUAUGUUGGAUUGAAUAUAACCAUGGUUAAGAUUAUAUCCAGAUCUGUUCCAAAUAAUUUCAAUUGUCCUAAAGAUUUGAGUUCUCAUCAUAUAUCCAACAUCAACUACCCUUCCAUUGCAAUCUCAGACCUUGAAGGAAAAAAAGUUGUUCAAGUUACUAGAAUUGUGACAAAUAUUGGUGAAGAUGAAACAAUUUACUCUCCUCUCAUCGAUGCUCCCAAUGGGAUAAAGGUCAACUUGAUCCCAAAUAAACUUCAUUUUACGAAAAAUAAUAAAAAACUAAGUUACCAAGUUAUCUUUUCUAUCACUUCGACCGUGUUGACAGAAGAUUUAUUUGGAUCCAUUACAUGGAGUAAUGGUAAAUACAUUGUUCGAAGUCCAUUUGUAAUAGCCAAAAGCUAA